CUCAACGCCAUUUUGUCUGCGCCACAGAGGACUCAGGAUGAGUCAGAACAGACUCCCCUCCAGCUCUGAGGUCAUCGGCUGGACCCCCGAGAAACUCGCCGAAUUCCUCCGAAAGAGGAAUCUUCAGGGCUGCGACAGAGUGGUUCUUCUAAACCGCAUCACGGGAGAGCGAUUCGUGAAUUUAACCAAUAAUGACCUGGAUAAAUUCCCCAAAACCUACAACCCGUUGAUUUCUAAGCUGAUCUCUGACAUCCACAAACAGAAAAGUGGAAAGCGGCGUUUUUUCCCCUUCGGUCAGUCCAAAAACCCACAGCCAGUUGAAACUGAGACGGACGACGUCGGCUGGGGCCGAGAAGAGUUUGACGAUUCAGAUGAUGGCGAUGAGUUUGACGAUGAUUACGAGGAGCCGGAGAACGAGGAAGACGACGUGGGCGACUACGAAGACCCAAGUGAAGACCUAGAACCGACCCAAGUCCAGACCCGGUACCAGAGCCAGACCCAGGACCAAGAACAGGACUCGGACUACGAACCUCCCCCCUCAGAACCAGACGACUUCAGCCACAAACUGCCCUGUGCCCCCGUGGGAGACGGAGACUACAUCGACAGUCACAUGUCCUCCAGAGGCCCACCCCCUGCACUGUGUCCCCGCCCCCCAGUGAGCACCCCCCACAGGACUACGAGACGAGACGUCUCUCCACGUCCCCCCACCGGACCUAAACAUGCAGGAAAAUUGCCUCCUCCCGUCUGCAGGGUGAAUAAACCCGGGCGAGACGCUGGUUCCAGUUCUUCUCCGAUCCGAGGAGCGUCCAGAAACACGGUGGAAAAGCCUCUGCCACCGCAGACCUGGAGUCGGACCCAGGACCCUCCUGAGGCCCAGUCCUGGACUAAACCCUCGGGUCUGUCCCCGACACAAACCUCUGUGAGCCGGAGCAACUCAGGAGCCCGAGCCCCGCCCCAAAGAUUUGAAGUUCGACGGGAGCAGCAGCCGCUUCCAAACGAAGAUCUUAAACGAAACACUUUUCCCCUUCAAAAUAAGAGCGGGCGUCCUGGGCUCCCUCCAGCUCGCCACACAGACAGUCUCCCUCCAGGAUUCCCUUUGGCUCCUCAAAAACAUUUCUCAGGCGGACCUCCUGCUCCAGAGAGACCCACUUUCAAACCCCCUCCCCCAUCGUCAACCCAGGAUUUGGAUCCUCUCUGGUACGUGGGUAACGUGACUCGAGCUGAAGCUGAGGCCUUGCUCAAAGAACUCGGGAAGGACGGGGCCUUCAUAGUCCGGGACAGUUCCCGUCAGUCGGCGGUGCAGCCCUACACCCUCAUGGUCCAGUACCAGAACAAAGUCUACAACAUCCAGAUCCAGAACCAGGACCGCAAGUACCUCCUGGGGACCGGCAUCAAAGUGCAGGAGUCCUUCCUGUCGGUUCGGGAGAUUGUGGAACAUUUCUCUCAGUCUCCGCUGCUCCUCAUCGACUCAAAGAACCGUGGCUCCAGUCAACAGAACCAGUGUCUGCUGUCUGUGCCCGCCGGACCCUACGUGGACCGGGUCUAGACCAGGACUGGGUUUAGACCAGGACCGGGUCUAGACCAGGACCAACUGGGACCCUACGUGGACCGGGUCUAGACCAGUACCAGGUCUGAACUCGGUCAUCUUCAGACCAGUGUGACGACAUCUUUGGUUCAUCUUCCAGAUCUUCAUGUACUUCCAUGGGACCAGGAGUCUGCAUGGACCUGGUCUGGACUGGGUCUGGACCUGGACUGGGUCUGGACCUGGACUGGGUCUGGACCUGGACUGGGUCUAGGCCUGGACUGGGUCUGGACCUGAGACUCAUGUCCAUAAUGAUUUUAAGAUGAAUCAGAACAUGUUUAAGCUUCGUCAGAUCCUCACGUCCAUGAUUAUAAACGGUGCAAAACACUGCAGCUACUUUACUGUAAACGUGUGACCUUCAGGAGCAGUGUGACCUUCAGGGGCAGUGUGACCUCUAGGGGCAGUGUGACCUUCAGGGGCAGUGUGACCUUCAGGGGCAUUGUGACCUUCAG